AUGGUUGGGAACAAAGAAGAGUGGAGGCAUCAGUCGCAGCCACGCAGCAGGCGUCGUUGCUGUCCCCAGUGGCUUGCUCUACGGAGGACGCCAGCAGCUUUUGCUGCUGAGGAUCUCAGUGGCCCUCCUGACAGCUGUGGACUCCCUGCAGCUUUCACAGCAGAGGACCCCAUAAUUCUCUGCACAGCAAACAAUCAAGAAAGCUGUAACCUUCAAGAAGCUGAUGUGAUUUUCUUUUUUGAUGGCUCUGAGUUUGUUACUAUGACAACUUUCUUGUCAGACUUAAUUGAUAAUUUUGACAUUCAGUCUCAAAAAAUUAAAAUUGGGACGGCCCCAUUUGGGGGCCACUACCAAGAAAUUAUUCAGUUGGAAAAUACACUGAUUACAACCCAAUAGAAGACUUCAAUUCAAACUGUCAUCAAAAGCAAUGAAUUUCCACGAAUCGACCUUGACCUGAAACAAGUGAGCGUCAUGUUUGAAUCAUCUGCUGGAGGGAGAAUGAACUCUGGAGUCCCUCAAACUUUGGUUGUUAUCACAUCCACGGAUCCCUCCUAUAAUGUGACAGAUGCAGCAGAAAUCCUGAAAAAACAUGGAAUUUGUGUCCUGGUUUUGGGCAUAGGAGAUAUUCAUAAGGAACAGCUUCUGCCAAUAACAGUCAAUCCUGAAAAAAUAAUCACUUAAGACUUCAAUAAAUUGAAGAAUGUGGAUAUGAAAAACAGAAUGGUCUGUGAAAUCUACCAGAGCUGUGGGAAAACCAAUUGCUUUGUGGACAUAGUGGUCAGGUUCGACCUUUCCACUCAUGGGCUCAGGCAGCAUUUUGACAGCCACCCUCAGCUGGAAUCAUACCUCCCAGGUAUCUUAGAGGACCUCAUCUCCAUCAGGGGAGGGAACUGUGGGGCAGGCGCAGAGGUGCAGGUGAGCAUGGCCUUUAAGGUGAGCAAUGACCAAGAAUUCCCUGCCAGGUUCGAAAUCUACCAGAGAAGGAUAUUUGACCACCUGCUGCAAGUCACCUUCAAUGGGCCGAGUCAUCUGAAUGCAGAGUUCUUGCAGUCUCUGUGGGACACGUUUGAGGAUAAAUCUGCAUCCCGAGGACAGGUGCUGCUCAUCUUUUCAGAUGGUUGGGGUGAAAGCAUCCCAAUGCUAGAAAAUCAAUCGGACAGGCUCAGGGAAGCAGGGCUUGAUGCUCUGCUGGUGGUCUCCCUGAACACAACUGCUCAAGAGGAUUUUUCCAGUUUUGAACUCAAAAAAGGAUUUGAUUACAGGACUCACUUGACCAUUGGAAUGAGAGAACUGGGCAGAAUGCUAGCACAGUAUCUGGGAAACAUUGCAGAGAGGACUUGCUGCUGUACCUUCUGCAAGUGUUCAGAGAUUCCAGGACCUCACAGGACCCGAGGACCACUAGCCUUGAAGGGUUUUCUGGGUCUGAAAGGCAGCAGAGGAUACAGGGGAGACGAUGGAGACCCUCACAUCUACCGACCCCCUAGGGAAGCCCGAGACAUGGGUGAAGCGAUGAGGUCUGUGGCCCGGAAUGUCUUCAGGCAGACGCAUGCAGGAGCCAGCGUGAGGAGAGUCGCCAUGUUUUCCAGCAAUGGGCAAACGACUCGCAGGACGUCACUCAUCACAGCCGCCGUGGAGCUGAGCACCCUGGGCAUCAGCCUAGCAGUCUUUGCUUUUAAUGAGAUUUUUCUUGAUGAGUCUUUUGGGUUUGACAACAGUGGAACACUUUGGGUGAUCCCAGUUUCUCCAAAUGGUGAAUAUGAACCAUUAGAAAGACUUCAGCUCUGUACACUUUGCUAUGAUAAAUGUUUCCCAAAUGCUCACAUCAAAGAGAUCUUUUUACCUGAAAAUUCAUACAUGGAUGUAGCCUUCCUCUUCGAAAAUUCUCAGAAUAUAGGAAGUGAUGCGUUUAAGGCUAUGAAAACCUUGGUUAGCUCAAUGCUUGACAACUUCCACAUUGCUUCAGAGCCAUUAAUCUCAGACCAUGGUGACAGGAUUGUCUUACAGAGCUAUUCUCCUCGGGAUAGAAAGAAGGGUGCAGCAAAAGCAGAGUUUGAGUUUACAACUUACGACAGCCAAGUCCUAAUGAAGAGCCACAUCCAGACUUCCCUCCAGCAGCUAGAAGAAGUCACCACUGGCUGUGCCCUACUGUGGACCACAGAGAAUCUCUUCUCCCAAACACCCAACCUGAGGAAACACAAAGUCAUCUUUGUGGUCUCAGCUGGAGAAAAUCAUGAGAGAAAGGAAUUCUUAAAGAAGACGGCUCUGAAGGCCAAGUGACAAGGCUACGUCAUAUUUGUGAUUUCUCUGGGUUCUGAACAUAAGGAUGACAUGGAGGCAUUAGCCAGCCACCCACUUGAUCACCACCUGAUACAGCUUGGGAGAAUUCAUAAACCAGAUCUGGAUUAUAUUGUAAAAUUCUUAAAGCCAUUUGUGUACUCAGACGUAAGAGAAUUCAAUCAGUAUCCACCGCCAGUGCUUGAGAAAGCCUGUGGUCUCGUUAGGGCAGAAGAAGCACUUAAGCAAAGAGCUUCUCAGAACAGGUUUGCUUCUGAGCUGCAUGAGAUUUCUUCCGGAGAGAACAGCUUCAUUGACCAGGAAUUACGUGCCAGGAGAGACUCAUCUCUUGUGCUGGAGGACAGUGGAGGCGACCAUUUGGUCUACAUUCCGAGACAGCGGCGGCCAAGGCGUCUGGCGCUGCUGGUAGUGAUGCCAGAGGUGUUGGCCGCAGUGAUCUUGGUGGUGGAGAUGGAGGAUAGAGGGCAUGGUGACAUGGCGGUAGCGCUUGCAGUGGCCUCACCAGGCAGGCCUGGGGUGGUGGUGGUGAGUGAAGAGGCUGUCCUGUCCUGGCCGUGUCGCUCACCCCCGCUGGCCUCAGCUGCCAUCUGUGAAACGGGAGUGGCAACAGUCCCGCUCACGGUGCUGCUGACAGAUGAAUUGGCAUUUCCUUAUGAGCCUGGAGAUGCCUCUCUUCAAGAAUAUCAUAUGUAUGUGGCUUUCCUCAUAGAUGCUUCCCAAAGAGUAGGAAAUGAUGAGUUUAAGGAAGUGAAAACUUUUAUAAGCUCAGUGCUUUGUUACCUUCACAUUGUCCCAGAUCCACUGACCUCCAGCUUAGGAGACGAGGCUGUCCUGAGCUACUCUCCUGCAGGCUAUGUGCCCAACACUGAGGAAUGGCCUGUCUGCCUGGAAUUUGAUUUGGUUACUUCUAACAGUAUCAGCCAAAUGAAACAUCAUCUCCAAGACAAUCUUCAACAGCUCAGUGGAGAUGUUUUUAUCAGUCAUGCCCUGCAGUGGACAGCUGAUGUCCUUGUGGGAACCCCCAGCCUGAGGAAAAACAAAGUUAUCUCUGUCAGAUUUGCUGGCGAGACCAACCCCUUAGACAAGGAAGUCUUAGGAAAUGUAUCUCUGAGAGCCAAGUGUCAGGGCUAUGCCAUAUUUGUGUUUUCCUCUGGCCCUACACACAAUGACAAGGAACGAGAGGAACUAGCCAGCCACCCACUGGAUCGGCACUUAGUCCAGCUUGGGCGGAUCCACAAGCCAGAUCUGAGCUAUAUCACCAAGUCUGUCAAGCCAUUUGCCCAUUUAAUCAGACGUGCCAUCAACAAAUAUCCCCUUGCAGGUCUGAGCUCCGAGUGUGCUGACAUCAGCUCCCUCAAUCCAGAGAACGCUGGCACAGAAAACACUGUGUUUCCCGCGAGGGACGUGGCCGGCGUGUGUCUCGUCGUCUCCCGUCUCUGUCACCUCGGCCGGACUCCCGAGGCGCACCGAGCAGGGCACGUCCUUGUGGGAGGGGACAAUCGCACGACUGGCUCCGGGACUGCUGACCGGAUCCGGGAGUUAUACCUGCUCUUUUCAGCUGGGGAACUGCUGAUGAGAGACAAGGAAGAGGCACAUGCAGAAGGAACUUGCGCUCUAGGAAACGGGAAGCAACGAGAUCAAAAAGGUGGAACUGAGUGGAAGGCUAAACAGAUAAAAUUAAAGAGAAAGCCUGUCUUUCUGCCAGAGGAACCAGGAAAAGAGAACCUAUGGGGUGGCCUCAGAGAGAAGAGGACUGGAGCAUCCUUUAAUUCUAAUUAUGGGAACUGCCUAAGUCCCAGCUGCCCCCUAAGCUGUGCAUGGAUGAGAAAACCCAAAACAAGACAUCAAAGGCUUUGGACAUUAAAUUGAGAUUGGAACCACUGCCUACAGAAGGUUGCAUUCUGAACCUACUGGAUUGAUUGUCUGCUUAAGAAAAUUAAAAUUCUACAGAAAAUGGUAAUAGGAUUCAGAGUCUAUACAACAUAAUAUUCAAAAUGUUCAGGAUAAAAUCCAGAAUUAUGCAAAAUUUAGAGAACCAGCAGAUGCAAACUAUUCUCAAAGGAAAAGACAACAGAUGCCAACCUCAAGUUGAUUAAAGUUUUGAUUAUUAGACAAAUAUAUUAAAACUGUUGUUAAAACUAUAUUUCCUGAAAUAAAGGCAAACAACUUGAUAUGAACAGAAAGAUAGACAUUCACAGCAGAGAAAUAGAGAUUUUUUUAAAAAGAACCAAAGGAAAAUUCUAGAAAUAAAAUAAUACAAUGUCUGAAAUUUUAAAAAUUCACCAGAUAGGCUCAGUAGCAGACUGAAGAUGACAGAGGAAAGUCAGUAAACUUAAAGACAGAUUAUUACAUACUCUGAAGAGAGAAAAAGGCUUUUUAAAAAUGAACAGAGCCUCAGACA